AUGAAUAAAACUCUUAUCAUCGCUUUUGUCAGUAUUUUGGCUAUUUCUGCUUUUGGCUUUAUUUCUUUAAAAGAGAAUUCUCAUAAUGUCAGAGCUCAAUAAGAUGCCUUAACUCUCUUUAAGUAAUUCAAAAUGAAAUACAACAAAAGAUAUGCUGACCCAGAUUUUGAAUCUUACAGAUUCGGUGUUUUCUCAGAAAACCUAGAAGUAAUUAAAACUGACUCUACUUUUGGUAUUACUCAAUUCAUGGAUUUAACUAGUGCUGAAUUCUCUGAAUAGUACUUGACUUUAAAGGUCAAUAAGAAUUAAGACAACAGUAAAAUUUACAAGCCUAAGGAUGAUGUAGAGAUCAAAGAAAUAGAUUUCACUACUCUUGGAAAGGUUACUCCUGUUAAGGAUUAAGGUCGUUGUGGUUCUUGCUAUGCUUUUUCAACCACUGGCGCAAUCGAAUCUGCUCUUUUAAUUUCUGGAGUAGGUGAAGCUAACACUCUUAGUCUCUCAGAAUAAGAAAUAGUAGACUGUGUUAAAGAACCAGAAUAUAACUAACUUGGAGGUUGCUAAGAUGGUUACAUGGAUGAAAGUUUUAAGUACAUUAUUAAAAACAAGAUUUCUAAAGCUGCAGAUUAUCCCUAUACAGCAGUAGAAGGUAAAUGUAAAGAUACUUCUUCCUUCGAAAAGUAUGCUAUUUCAAGCUACGUAGAUGUUCCUUCAGGUGAUUGCAAAGCUCUUUUAACUGCCUUAUAAGAUCAUCCUGUUUCUGUUGCUAUUGAUGCAAAAAAUUUGUAAUACUACACUUCUGGAGUUUACAGUAACUGCUCUGACAACCUUACUCAUGCUGUCCUUCUAGUUGGUUACUCUAGUUCUGCUCUCAAGCUUAAGAACUCAUGGGGUACAUAAUUUGGUGAAAACGGUUAUUUUAGAUUAGCUGUCGGUAAUACUUGUGGUGUUUGCAAUGCUGCUUCCUUCCCUGUUCUUUGA